AUGGCCGCGACGUCAGAAGUGACGUCCUGUGGUCCCGGGAGACCACCACCGUCAUCCGCACGAGGGGAGCGAACAGCAGCACCAUCGCAACGGGGGAGAUCAUGGCCGUAUCGUUGGAUGCAGCUGGGCACUGUUUGGGUGGUGCUGCUUCUAGUGCUGCUCACCGUUGGGCAACUUGGCAGCGUGCACGGCGAGAAAACGAAGACAUAUUACAUGGAAUCGAUCUGUAAAAAUCAUUUUCUACAGUUACUUUAUAGAAAAAUAGAUGGUGCUACCCUUCUGUCGAGGAACGAAAGGAACCUAAACUGUGUGGUCACGUUUCAAACGCACUCCAUACUGCAGAGAUUUAUGUUACGUUUCGAUAUGCUACAACUAGACUGUAAUGAUCAUUUGUAUGUAUAUGACGGUGCACACGCUGUCGGUACGCAUAAGGCGGACCUGACCUGUAAGGACACAAAACAAUCAGUGGGAGCGUUGUUGACGAAGACGAACUUUCUCACCUUCAAGUACGUGACCGACAACUGGGGCACGGAGACAAACGGUUUCAAGAUGGUCAUAACAUCCGUGAAAGAUUCAAAGCUUAACUGCGCAGACUUCCGGUGUAGAUUGCCCGACUUCUGCAUACAUCAGGAUCUGCGGUGCGACGGCAUUAACCACUGUGCGGACGGGUCUGAUGAAACCGUCGAGGCGAACUGCCCCGGCCCGGAUCGGUACAUCAACACGAUCUUCGGCAUCGAGCUGACAUGGGUCAUACUGAUAGGCGUGUGCAGCCUGAUCGUCUGCGGCUGCAUCGUCGGCAUCACGAUCUGCGUGUACGUGCGCAACGCACGCAACACACCCAACCAACUAAACUCUUCGAUACAGUUGAACCAGAUGAUAGAAUCGAACGGUUCAUCGAAGCAUCUACAAGGAACUCUGCCGCGGGAAACAACAACACUACCUGCUUCGGGAAACUUGCAUCACCCUGCGGGACCAUUAGGGUACCUCCGCAUUCCACACAAAUUGAUGGCCAAAGUCCGUCCCAUUUGGUGCCUGGCAAAUUAAGACAAUUAGGUCCGGAUUUAUCGCAACAAACCUCACAGAAAGACGAGUGGUUUGUCUGAUGAGCGUACGACAGAC